AUGAUUCCCCACAGCCACGAGUGUAAGUCCCAAAAGGAAGAGGAAAGGAGGAGCCAUUUGAACGAUCAAGUGGUGCGUGACUACACUAAUGGUAGAAAUGUAUGCUCCUUUCCUCAGGAUGUAAAAAAUGUAGGCUCGGACGGUAGCUGCAAAGUGUCGGAAGGAAAUUCCCUUCGCUGCAUGAGUGGGAACGAUGACCAUAAUGGUUGUUCAAGCGGAAGAGUAUCCCCUUGUGAUGACUCAAGAUGCGACAAUGUAGUGGAAAAGAAAAAGAAGAAACCUUUUCUUCACGAGUUAUGCAAAAAUUAUGUAAAGCUGACCUUGCACAGACCAUGUUGCAUCAUGCUAAGUGUAACCAUAGGAUUGUUAAUUGUCACUCUAAUGAGUAUCUCCUUUUACCUGAACAUAUUUAGUGAGGAGGAAAAUAGGUCCGAAGUAUUGGGUGCUAUUCUGAGAAAGACAAUUGGAGAGGAAUUCACAAAAAUGAAUGUAGCCAAAGCGAGUGAUGUAGUGAUUCACACAAGUGACAGUAUAGGGAACGAAGUCGAACAUUUUUUUAAUUUUUAUAAAAAGGAAAAAACAGCAACGUUGUUGUUUUAUCUUGAUAAGGAGGAGGAUAAAACGAUUCUGCAAUACGAUACGUUGAGGGAUAUCUUCUUCUUGGUGCAAUUUUUUAAGCAAAUGAAUAUAGGAAGUAAAAAAAAUUGGAGUGAAAUGUGUAAAAGGUUUGAUGUUCCUAUGCUGGAGUCUAAAUGCUUCGUGCUAGGUUUGUUCACCAUUUCGGAACUUCAAAAUCCAGAAUAUGACACGACACUUAAUUGGGAAGAGUAUUUUGAUGAUCUCCUAGAAAAGGACGAAAGAUCUUUGGACAGAUUUUUCUACAACGCACUUAUUUAUUUGCCCAAUUUUUUAUAUCAUCCUCAUAAGUUUGACAUUAAGAGGACCAAGAUAAAGGACAUAACAUCUGACAUUUCUAAAAAUGUGGAGGCCUUUUUAUUUGUCUUCAAUUUCGAUGAAGGUAUUGACGAUUCCUCUCUAAAUGAGUGGUAUCGUCUGUUAAACAUGCAUGUGAAAUUAAUAAAUGCGAGAGAAAAAGAGUUUGUAACGAUUCACAAUUUGGACAGCAGUACUUAUGUUCACGAAAUAAAUCAGAAUAGGAAUUGGAGCAUGGCAGUUGUGAAUGAAAAGAUACUGGAGGAUAACGAGCAGUCAUCGAUCAGUGUUGGUUUUAAAUCGAAUUACUUAUUUGCCAUUUUGUCCUUCUUCUUUAUGGUCAUUUAUGUAUGUUCCAUUUCUUCGGACGGUUUGAAGCAUAACGGAGAAGACAAGGGAGGAGAAGCGAAAAUUUGGAGGAGGUUUUUACUUAUCCUAUGUGUAUAUUCCCUGACGUUUUUUUCCUUCUUCUCCACCUUCUUCAUCAAUUUGGUUUUCCAAAUUAAUGUUCUACGAAUUUAUUUAUUAAAUUUUUUCCCCCUCUUUUUUCUAAGCUUCCUAUUUUGCUGCGUCAACAUAUUUUAUCGCAACAAGUACGUAGUGGGACCUUCCAAAAUGAUAAUCCGUAGAAUGAGGAGCGCAAACAAUUCGAAGAACACGUCUGUAGAUAUGACUAAAUAUUAUUUGCGAGCUAGCUACAAUUCACUUUAUUUUGUGGGAAAAAUUACCCUGAUCAUUUUGGCUGUAUACCUGGUUGGGUUUUCCUGCACAUACAGAAUCGUCAACGUCUUUUCGCUAAACUCGGCCUUAUCCAUCGUUUGUCUAUUUCUGUACUACGCUACGUUUUUUAACAACAUGUUCGGCCUUUUGUUUUACAGGGACAGGUACUUACUGUUGUCACCAUCUCAGUCGUUACCACUUGCGAAGUCGGUAUGUAGCUCGUUGGGGGAUCAGCCCGACCAGCACGUUAUAGCCUUUUCAGAGGUGGCACCCAGUGGAAUGGUGGUACAGAAUGGCUGCACAUCGAGUGGCAACUCUCCACGCGGGGAGAGCCAGACAUCCCCGAAUGAACGCUGCGCAUGCGAAGGUACGGAUGGGAAGAAGAAUCACAUAAAAAGUUGCAUUUACCCGAAUGGGCUCUUUCUAAGUUUCCUAAUAAGCAACGAAAAAAUUCACCUUGAUGUGUACCAUUACAUGACGAAGGAAUCGCCACUGAGAAGGUUUAUCCAAAACUUGGAGAAAAGGGCGGGUUUCGUAAUCGAGCCAGCAUACUUGGUUUUGCCUUCUUCCGACGAGUUCGACUACGAAGAUGAAGAAAACGCAGAUUUGAUAAUAAAGCUAGUAAACGAAAUGAAGGAGGAAGGAUGCAUUCAUGAGCCCAUUGUGUCUUGGGUUCAUGCAUUUGAAUUACUAAAAAAUGCCUGCCGUAAUGUAGACUCUUUUAGUAAUCAGUACGACUUGGUUCGCUAUAAAAAAUUAUGUCAUGAUAUCACUCCACAGAGAGAGAGCAAAGAACUCCAUUUGAAUAGAUUAAAAGAAAUUUUUUUUGAAGAUGAGGAAAAGACAUGUGAUAGUUUUUACCAAAUUGUGUACGAAUGGAUGAUUCACAAAGAGGAGGGGGCAUAUGAUAGUAAAUUUUUUAAGAUUAAAACGGUUUACGGUGGGGAAAUUGGCCACAUACUCCCCCAGUACUACAUCAUAAGGCCACACUUGUUCAACGCCGAUUACGUGAAGAUGGACGACCCGUACAGCAUAUCGAGCAGUCGAAUAGGCUUCCUCCUGCGUAAUUACCCAUCCAACCAAGCAAAGAACUUGGAAAAUAUGAACAGAAUAAAAAAUAUUGUAAAAAGGAGUAACUUAAAAAAUGCGUAUUUUUACUCAGAAACAUACGUACUAUACAAUCAAGCUACCAGAUUUAUGUCAGAAUGCAAAGUGAUGAUAAUUUUUUACUUUUUGAUUUAUUUAUUUUCUUUGUACAUGUUCAAUACCAUGGGGGUGGUAAUGAUAUUUCAGUUUUGGCUCUGCUACAAUUUAAGUGCGCUUUAUUUUAUGCAUAGAUUUGCAGUCAACACUGACGCGAUAACGAUUAUUUUAUUAAAAAUGGGAGCAGUCAUAUCUUUGUCUCAUUACAUGUAUGGAACUCUCUUUUUUAAGUCCAUCAUGCUAGACAGGAAAAAUUAUUCCAACAGCAUGCGGCAGUCCUACCCCUAUUUGAUGUUCCUAGUGCUGUACCUUAUUAGCUUCACCCUGGAAGAUUACGCAUCGAACGUUUUGCGGUUGCUCAUCCUGAACCACGUCGUCUGGUUCUUCCUAUACAGCUUAACAAUUUUUUACGUCCACAAAAUGUACGUGAAUAGGGCAUGA